AUGACUUCCCAGCAUAACAGUGGCAGCCUCUCCAAGGAGGCCGAAGACCCCUAUCAGGCCCAGAAUUUCUCUGAUGAUUUUGGUAUUGGCACCCGUCAGGACGAGGCCGAGGAUGAGGCCGAGUGGCUUCGCCAGCAUGGCGCAAGCGGAUUCUCGGGCUUCUCGGGCUUGAAUAACUUUGAGGGUAGCCAGUCUUCUGGGACGGGCGUCAAACUCGCUGAGCCCAGUGAACGUACGACCUCGGGCAAAUAUAGCUACACCCAUGACGAUUUGAUUGAUCCUGAUGAAUAA